ACAUGGGCUCUUGGAUCUUCCUUGUGGCCCUCCUCCUUCAUUUAAGUACUGCAAAAGCUCUGGAGCCACAGUAUGUCCUGUUAGUACCUGCAGUAGUACAGAGCAACUCUUCAAAUGAGGCCUGUGUACAGUUCCUGAACAUCAAUGAACCAAUUUCUGUGAACAUUACAAUGGAGUACAACAUAGACAGCUAUCCUCUUUGGAAGAGGACAGUGGAGGAAAACUCCUUUUCCCACUGUAUCACUUUCAUGGUUCCUCCAGCAGUUUCUAAUCCACUAGCUUUCAUAGUGCUUUCUGCCCAGGGUUCCUCUGUCAGCUUCCAUGAAAGGAGAUCUGUGGCCAUUCGGAAUAUAAGCACUACUGUCUUUGUCCAAACAGAUAAGUCUGCCUACAAACCUAGCCAGAAAGUUUUGUUUAGAGUUGUUGCUCUGAAUCCUGAUUUCAAGCCAGUGAACCAAAUGUAUCCAUCAAUUUACAUCCAGGAUCCCAAGGGAAAUCGGAUUGCUCAGUGGCUAAAUCAAAGUGCUGCUUUUGGCAUUCUCCAGCUUGAGUUCCUAACAGUUCAAGAUGCAAACCUAGGAUCCUAUCAGAUCAUUGUUGAACAUGCUCCAAACAGAUACACCUAUCACUGGUUCAGUUUAGAAGAGUAUGUAUUGCCAAGAUAUGAGGCGACCAUCCAAGCACCAGAGAAGCUCUCUCCUUUUGAUGAGGAAUUCGAAUUAAGCAUUUGUGCUAAGUAUACCUAUGGCCAACCUGUCCAGGGAGUAGCCCAGCUCAGAGUGUGCAGACAACAUUAUUACAAUCCAAGAUGUAAUCAAGAUUCAAAUAGGAUUUGUGAAACUGUUAGUGCACAGCUGGGAAAAAAUGGCUGCGUUUCCAAGAUAAUUAGCACCAAAGUCUUCCGUCUUUACGCAGGUUUAGGUGAAAAUCGUUAUUUCUUUCUGUCACUUCAUGUAGAGGGAACUGUCACAGAAAAUGGAACAGGCAUCCAGAUUUCAAGGUCUACCUACAUUUCUAUCUACCAAGCAAGGAAAACCAUCAUGUUUGAGAACAUAGAUUCAUACUAUAGACGUGGACUCCCUUACUCUGGACAGAUCAGGCUGAGAGAUGAGGAUCACAAACCACUCGCCAAUGGUCUUAUCUUUUUAGAAUUCAAUGGGGAGACUGUGGCUAACUACACCACAGACAUAAAUGGUACUGCUCAAUUUUCCAUUGAAACUUCCAACCUCUUUGAGCCUCGCUAUAAAUUGAGAGCUUUCUAUCAAUCGGAUCAAUGCACUGACUAUGGCUGGCUGGAUGCUUACCAGCCAGAAGUAGUUUACUACAUUCAGCGCUUUUUCUCCCGAAGUGGUAGUUUUGUGAAGAUAGAACCGGUUUUGGAGGAAUUGCCAUGUGGCAAGCAAAAAUCAGUCACUGUUCAUUAUAUUCUGAAUAAAGAACAAUAUAAAGAUAUCCAGACCACUAGCGUUAACUUCUAUGCUAUUCUAGUGACCAAGGGCAAAAUAGUUGAUGGUGGUAAACAAGAAGUCAGUAUUAGGGCUGGACAAUAUAGUACGUUCUCUGUUUCACUGAACAUCACUCAGAAUCUAGCCCCAAGAACAAGGCUGCUCGUUUAUUCUGUGCAACCUUAUGGUGACAUUAUUGCUGACAGUAUUUCUCUGGAAGUUGAAAAGUGCUUCAGAAACAAGGUGAGCCUGCAGUUCUCAGAAAAGCAAGCACUACCAGCUUCUGAGAUCACCCUUCAUCUUAGUGCUGAGGCCACUUCCUUCUGUGCUGUGCGGGCUGUGGACAAGAGUGUCCUGCUGCUGAGUCCGAGAAUAGAUUUGUCUCCUGAGAAUGUAUACAACCGGAUGCCUUACCUAGACCUCUUUGGUUAUUAUCAUAAUGGGCUGAACCUUGAUGAUGGUCCUAAAGAGCCAUGUAUUGAGAUGCAUAACACCUUUUAUAACGGCUUGUACUAUAUGCCUGUAAAUGUUACCAAUGAUGGAAACGUCCAUGAUAUUUUUCAGAAUAUGGGUAUCAAGGUUUUCACCGGUUCCAGCCUACAGAAACCUGUUGUAUGUGUAAGUGACUUUGAGUGCAAGAAAAUCUCCACCGAUGAUCAUGAUCCACGUGUUGAAAAGGCUUUUAGUUCUGAUGCCUUUGCCAACAGAGUGAUCGAGACAGUGAGAACAAAUUUUCCUGAAACCUGGAUAUGGGAUAUGGUUACAAUCGAUACUACUGGGAAAACUAAUCUCUUAUACACUGUGCCUGAUACCAUCACUGAAUGGAUAGCCAACGCAUUCUGUGUUGAAAAUGAUGCUGGGUUUGGCAUCUCAAGGCCUGCCUCCCUGACAGCUUUUCAGCCAUUCUUUGUGGAAAUUACUCUCCCCUACUCUGCUGUCCGAGGAGAAGAAAUUAUUCUUAAAGCCAACAUCUUCAAUCAUCUGAACAGUUGCAUUGAGGUAACUGUUACACUAGAAGACUCUCAAGAUUUUGAAGUAGAAAAUCUGUCAACGGAGAAGGAUUUCACAAGAAUAUGUGCAGAUGAAACAAAAUCCUACAGUUGGAGAAUUAGGCUUCAAAAGCUAGGUACAGUGAAUUUCACUGUCACUGCUGAAGCCAAAGCAGGUGAGCUAACUGAGGGACGCAGGGACACAGUCAUCAAACCACUUUUGGUUGAGCCAGAAGGUGUUAAAAAGGAGGUGACCCAGAGCUCUCUAAUUUGCGCAAAAGGCACACCAGUCUCUGAAGCAGUGAUCUUGAACUUGCCUGCAAAUUUGGUGGAAGGAUCAGCCAGAGCUUCAUUUACUGUUCUUGGUGAUAUUUUGGGCACAGCCAUGAGGAACUUCGAAUAUUAUCUCCAGAUGCCAUAUGGUUGUGGGGAACAGAAUAUUGCCAUGUACCUGUCCAAUUUCGUAAUCUUAAACUAUCUGAAUAAUACAAAGCAGCUAACAGAAGAGAAAAAAUCCAGGAUAAUCGGACAUUUGAACAGUGGAUACCAGAAACAGCUGUUUUACCAACUCACAAAUGGAGCUUUCAGUACUUUUGGCAACGCAAAUGAGGGAAACCUUUGGCUCACUGCUCUAGUGUACAAGGCAUUUGCACGAACCAAGUCCCAUAUAUAUAUAUAUGAUAAUAUUUUGAACCAAGCUCUUAUUUGGAUUGCAAGCAAACAGAAGGCAGAUGGCUGCUUCGAACCAGUUGGGGGAAUAUAUAAUAAUGGCUUAAAGCAGGGAAAAAAUUAUGAUAUUCUAGUCACAGCUCACGUCACCGCAUCUCUACUGGAGAGUGGUAUUUCAAAUUCGUAUCCUGUUGUACGGAAUGGACUCUCUUGCCUGGAUGCAGCUUUGAAUGGGAAUCUUGAAAACAUCUAUGAAAAUGCUCUUAUGGCUUAUACGUAUAGUUUAGCUGGUGAAGCAGAAAAACAAAAACGUCUCUUGGAUAUUCUGAUGCAAUCUGCCACUAGAACUGGAGGUUUGUUAUACUGGGAAAGGGAGAAAAAGCCUGCAGCAGAAAUAUUCCCUUCCUUCUAUCCUCGUGCUUCAUCAGCUGAGAUUGAGAUAGCCAGUUAUGUCCUGCUCGCCCACCUGAGACAGUUGAACCUAUCCCAGGAGCAGCUGACAGAAGCCUCACAGAUGGCCCAGUGGCUGACCAGGCAGCAGAAUUACUAUGGAGGUUUCUCCUCUACUCAGGACACUCCUGUGGCUCUCCAAGCUUUAUCUGAGUAUGGAACCCUCACCUUCACAAAAGAUGCUCAAAACACUGUUGUUAUCAGUGCAGGGGAAUCUUUUAAACAACUUUUCCAGGUGGAUAGUAGCGUUAGCAUCCUAUUGCAGCAGACUACAUUGCCCAGCAUCCCAGGGAACUACAGUGUGGAAGUGAAAGGUUCUGGAUGUGUCUAUGUGCAGACAUUCUUGAGAUACAAUGUCAUCCUUCCUGAACAGGCUUCUGGAUUUAGUUUGGCUGUGGAAAUAAAAAAUGCUUCAUGUACUGGCAAUUUUUUCCCCAAAAUGGAUGUUGUGCUCACAGUCAGUUACACUGGAGAACGCAAUGUAUCCAACAUGGCCAUCAUAGAUAUGAAGAUGCUUUCUGGUUUUGUUCCAGUCCGUUCAUCUUUGGAUCAGCUCCAGAAUGAAGUUGCACGUUGGGAAAUCAGAAAUGAUCAUGUCAGCAUAUAUCUGAGAGAGGUAUCAGCAAAGGAAAUUACUCUCACAAUAACUAUAGAAGAAACCCAUCCUGUCACCAACAACAAACCAGCUCAGAUUGGUAUAUAUGAUUAUUAUGAAACAGAUGAGUAUGCCAUGGCUGAAUAUAACACACCCUGCCAAGUUUGAGCUUGGAUCCAACAAAGAAAAAGCAGGAAAAUUGGAGAAACUGUGUCUAUUUCCAGGUGAAUCACAAAAGCACCAUUCAAUCAAAUGUCCUAAUAAGAUAAUUGUGAAUAAUACAGAAGUACCUGAAAAAUCAAAUUUUUGACUGAGAACUAGCUGUAAAAUUUUCCAACUUCCAGAUUAACAGUCUGAUUUUUCUUCUUUACAAAAUAAA